AGCGCCUGCCGGGCAUUCAUUCUGUAAGUACUACCAGCCUCCUGCCGCCCUAUCUGAUAAUAGCGGGCGCUGUCGAUCCUGGUCGCCAUCGUGACCCAAUCGACGGCCCUGCUUGCCCACGCCGCUCGGAUCGACAGCUCGCUGCGUGGCGACUGCAAACCGCCCAAAGCCCGUUGUUGGCUCUGGCUUCCCUCACCAUGCUGUCAUGUUUCUUUCGCUUUUUCCAAUUUGCCUCCCCUCCUUUCCGUCCACCACCAAGGCGUCUGUUUGUUGCUGACCAGUCCUCGCUUGCAACAGAAUCCUCUUACGCUCGCAACAUCCUCCCUAGUUAACCAACAUUGCGGGAGACUGAUUAAAAAAAUACCAAAAAACCACAAUGGCCGCUAAAGCGAUCCCCGCUCACCUGAGGGCUCAGGCAGAGUCUGGCGCCCAGGGUGAGAACUUCGAGCGCAAGCACCACGGCAAGUCCCAGUCUCACAUGGCCUUCGAGAAUGCUUCCACCAGCGUGGCCGCCUCCCAGAUGCGCAAUGCCUUGAACGCCCUCUCCGAGACCGUCGAGGACCCUAGCACGAAGAAGCGCUUCGAAGCUGAGAUGGACAACUUCUUUGCUCUUUUCCGCCGCUUCCUUAAUGACCGCGCCAAGGGCAAUGUUGUCAACUGGGAUCGCAUCGCUCCCCCACAACCUAGCCAGGUCGUUGACUACGCCGAGCUAGGUAACUCCGCCUCCGUCGAGUUCUUGAACAAGCUCGCCGUCCUCAAGCUCAAUGGUGGUCUCGGAACCUCUAUGGGCUGUGUUGGCCCCAAAUCCGUCAUUGAGGUCCGCGAAGGCAUGUCCUUCCUCGACUUGUCUGUUCGCCAGAUCGAGUACCUCAACCGUACCUACGAUGUCAACGUGCCUUUUGUGCUCAUGAACUCCUUCAACACUGACGAUGACACUUCCAACAUCAUCAAAAAGUAUGAGGGACACAACAUUGACAUCAUCACCUUCAAUCAGUCCCGUUACCCUCGUGUUUUGAAGGAUUCCUUGCUCCCUGCUCCCAAGAGCUUCAACUCUCAGAUAUCCGACUGGUAUCCCCCCGGCCACGGUGACGUCUUCGAGUCUCUGUACAACUCGGGAACUCUCGAUAAGCUGCUUGAGCGUGGUGUCGAGAUUCUCUUCCUUUCCAACGCCGACAACCUUGGCGCUGUCGUUGAUCUUCGGAUCUUGCAGCACAUGGUCGACUCCAAGGCUGAAUACAUCAUGGAAUUGACCGACAAGACCAAGGCUGACGUCAAAGGUGGUACCAUCAUUGACUACGACGGCCGCGUCCGCUUGCUCGAAAUUGCCCAGGUGCCCAAGGAGCACGUCAACGAGUUCAAGUCCAUCAAGAAGUUCAAGUACUUCAACACUAACAACAUAUGGAUGAACCUCCGUGCCAUCAAGCGUGUUGUCGAGGAAAACGAGUUGGAAAUGGAAAUUAUCCCCAACGAGAAGUCCAUCCCCGCCGAUAAGAAGGGCGAAGCCGACCUCUCCAUCAUUCAGUUGGAGACCGCUGUGGGUGCUGCCAUCCGCCAUUUCCGCAAUGCCCACGGUGUCAACGUGCCCCGUCGUCGCUUUUUGCCUGUGAAGACUUGCUCCGAUCUUAUGCUGGUGAAAUCGGAUCUUUACAGCCUGCAGCACGGCCAGCUUCUCAUCGACCCCAACCGCUUUGGCGGUGCGCCCAUCAUCAAGCUGGGAUCUGACUUCAAGAAGGUUUCUGACUUCCAAAAGCGCAUUCCUAGCAUCCCUCGCAUUGCCGAGCUCGACCAUCUCACCAUCACUGGCCCUGUGAACCUAGGCCGCAACGUCACCCUCAAGGGAACUGUCAUCAUUGUUGCUACUGAGGGAAGCACAAUUGACGUUCCCCCUGGAUCUAUCCUCGAAAACUGUGUUGUUCAAGGUAGUCUGCGAAUCUUGGAACACUAGUUUAAAUUCUGCAUUCAAUUUUCCUCUAUAUUUUCCCAGCAGUCGCCAAUUCAUCGAGAUAGGCCCUUAAGGUCAAACUAAUCAUUUCAACUUCUUCUCGCGGCCGUACUUUCUUUGCUAGAGUGGAUAGCGGCGAAGCACUUCGUGUAUGAGUGGAUGUUCUGCAUAUGAUGUCGCGAAAGCACACGCAUUGAAAAGUUGGUGUUAAAUGGCCGCGAUUUUGUCUUCUGGUGUUGUCGCCUAUACGCAUUAUCUGUUACAUACAUUACUUUCGACUAGCGAUAUCAACUACAUAUUUUCCACUUCCAAUCUCGUAGCGUGUUAUAUCACGAUACUGUAAUCCGGC